AAAAAAAAAAAAAAAAAAAAAGAUGCACAAAUGUACACUUCUUAAAGAACAUAAUUCAAUGAUCAGCAUUAUUAUAAACGUUUAACUGAUCUUUUCCUUUUGUACUCUUGUCAGCAAUAUAUGGACAAUGUUAUGUCAGCUAAAGUGUAUCAUAGGGCUUUGAUCACUGAUACUUGCUUCUGUUGCAUGUGAACAAAAACGUUUUGUGAGUUGUGAGCUGAAAUGAUUCCACAGGUGUCUGAAGUGAGGAGAAGAACCUAUAGAAGUUUGAGUGAAGAAAAUAUUUUCUCCCAUUUAACCCCCUUUUUUGACACUUAACCUGGGUUGUUUCGAUAAAGAGUCUUUUGAUGAAAAACUCAUAUUCAGUUGACUGCCUUUCACAGUGAAAAGAGGUGAAUCUGUGAGAGGAUUUUUUUUGUUUGAGAUACAAGGAAAAACUUCUUAAAAGGGGGGUCAUCCUGUUGUGACUUUCUAGCUUUAAUGCUCAUAGUUCAGCAAACUUAUCCUCCUAAAAGAGUCUCAAAUUGCAAUUUCCAUUGAGCUUUUAAGGCUAUGACUGGAAAUAAGAGUUCAGCUUUGAUUGAGUUGUGGUGACGGUUAGGUUGAAAUAACUUAAAAGAGUACUUCUCUACUAUUUUUGUUGAAAACUUCUCCUGAAAUAUGACCUAUUUGGCUGUUUCCAUCUUUUGCCUUCGUCACAGACCAAAAAAAAAAAAAAAACGUUUGUCUUCAUCCUUUCAAGUAGAAACUAUUACAUUAUAGUCAUUACCAUUUGACACCACUGCUGUUAAUACCUAUUUUUUAUGCGAAUAUUUUUUUGUUACAAAUACCUGAGCUUCAAAUGCCUAUUAUCUUUAAGAAUACAUUUCUGAUGGAGAAAAGGAAUUGGAGCUACAAAUAUGUCCAUAUAAAUGCUUGAUUCUGUCAUUAGCAUGGCUUUUAAUUAUGCAUUUUUAUGACCUCAAUGGUUACCAGUUCUCUUCUCUCCUCUUCUUUUAUUUCUUUCUGUUCUAGAUGGAUGAAGUUUCACUCAAUGGUGAACCUAUAUAUGAUGAAGAGGCCGAUGAAUUUGAGAUUGAAGGAGAUUGUGCAAUGACAGCAUAUGUUGGCCAAACUGGUGUUAUACAAGGAGAAAACCCCUUGCCUCCAGCUGUUGGAAUGGAGUUUGAAUCUUACGAGGAUGUUUAUUACUUCUACAGUUGUUAUGCUAAAGAACAAGGAUUUGGGGUCAGAGUAAGCAAUACAUGGUAUAGAAAGAGUAAAGAAAGGUAUAGAGGAAAACUUAGUUGCAGCAGUGCAGGUUUCAAGAAGAAAAGUGAAGCGAACCGGCCAAGACCAGAAACCAGAACUGGCUGUCCAGCAAUGAUUAAGUUCAGGCUGGUAGAGAACAAAAGGUGGAGAAUAAUUGAAGUUGAGCUUGAACACAACCAUUUGAUUAGUCCAGCAGGUGGAAAAUUUUAUAAAUCCCACAAGAACUUGGGUGUUGGAACCAAGAGACCACUGCAAUUAGAUAGUGCUGAAGAAAUUCAAAAAAUUAGGUUGUUUCGAACUGUCGUUAUUGAUUCAGAAGAUGAUGGAAACUCAUAUGUUGAUGAAGGAGAAUUCAGGAAUAAUGUUGAUCAGUCCAACCAAUUGAAGCUUAAAAAAGGGGAUGCACAGGCGAUUUAUAAUUUUUUCGGUCAUUUGCAGUUGAUGAAUCCAAACUUCUUUUAUGUGAUGGAUCUUAAUGAGAAAGGAUAUUUGCGGAAUUUGUUUUGGGCUGAGGCAAGAUCUAGGGUUGCAUAUGGUUACUUUGGCGAUGUCGUGGCAAUUGACACCACAUGCUUGACAGACAAAUAUGAAGUGCCGCUGGUAGUAUUUUCUGGAGUGAAUCACCAUGGACAAUCUAUUCCCAUGGGCUGUGGUUUGCUUGCAGGUGAGGCAGUGGAGUCAUAUACAUGGCUGUUUAGGGCAUGGCUUACAUAUAUGCUAGGACGCCCUCCACAAGUUGUCAUUACUGACCAAUGUAAAUCAUUGCAAAUUGCUCUUGCAGAUGUUUUCCCUAGAGCCGUUCAUUGUCUAUCUUUGUCACAAAUCAUGAAGAAAGUUCCAGAGAAACUGGGAGGGUUGCGUGAAUGUGAAGCGAUCAUGGUGGCACUGAGUAGAGCAGUUUACCACUCACUGAGGACAGAUGAGUUUGAGUUAGCCUGGGAGGAUAUGAUGCAGCGUUAUGGAAUUAGGGAUCAUAUAUGGCUUCAGACAUUGUAUGAAGAUCGUAAACGGUGGGUUCCUGCUUAUUUGAAGGAUACAUUUUUGGCAGGAAUGUUUCCCUUCAAACAAAGUGAGGCUGUGACUCCACUUUUGGGGGGAUGUUUGCAUAAACAGACUCCUUUGAAAGAGUUCCUCAAUAAUUAUGAUCCAGCUCUACAAAAAAUUUUACAGUUACAAGCAUUGGCUGAUUUGGAGUCCAGGAAUUCUAGUCCUAUGUUAAAAUCGAGAUUUUAUUUUGAGUUGCAGCUGGGGAAAUUGUAUACAACCAAUAUAUUUAAGAAGUUCCAGGAUGAAGUGGAGGGAAUGUACUCUUGUUUUAGCACACGACAAGAAAGUAUUGAUGGGUCAGUCAUAACAUACCUGGUUAAAGAACAUGCUGAAGUUGAGGAAAACAGGAUGGAAACUAGAGAUUACGAGGUUAUGUUCAAUACAUCUGAAGCAGAAGUAGUUUGUGUAUGUGGUCUAUUCAACUUCAAGGGUUAUUUAUGCAGGCAUGCACUGAACAUUUUAAACCAGAAUGGUGUGGAGGAGAUUCCAUCUCAAUACAUUCUUUCACGAUGGAGAAAGGACAUUCAUCGCAAUUAUGUACAUCAUAAAGGCUGCAAUGGUAUUGAUAUCGAUAACCCCAUUCACAGAUAUGACCAUUUGUAUAAACGCGUCGUGCAGGUUGUGGAAGAAGGGAGGAAAUCACAUGAUCGUUACAAGUUUGCAUUGCAAGCAUUGGACGAGAUAUUGAACAAGGUUCGUCUUGUAGAGGAGUAUCCAGUGUAAUUUAUUGUACGAUUUCUGGCCACUUUGGCCAGCACUUGUGUAUUGUGUAAUCUAUACUGCUUCCAUGCAGGUGCAUAGCGGCAUCAUGGUUGUGCUCAUGUAAAGAAAGUCAUUUGGAUAGGAUACUGUCAUAGACUUCCCCUUGCAUUUCAACACAUUAUUGCUUACAUGUUUGCUUGUGCAUUUUAGGUUUUGUUCGAUUCCAAAUGGAUUUGUUGAUAGGUAAACAGUUGAGGGUGUGUGAAUUG